AGGGCACGAAGUUGUGCCUGCAGCUGUUACCAUAGAAACCGGGGACCGGAUGUGGCGAUCUUAGGGUGCGACAGCCCCUCUGUCAGGCUUUCUGCCCCGAGAGCCUGUCGACUCUAUGACACACUGAGGAGUCGGUUGUGGUUUUUUCCCAGCCGGGGGGAAGCGAGCGACUUUUUCAAAGCAUUCAUAGAAAUGCGAUAAAGGAGUGGUUUGGGAUUGCUGCCACGCCUGGCUAAGGCCGAGGGAGCCUGCUGAUGUGAGACGAGCCGCACAAAGGGUCCCCAGAGCCUUCCGGAAGUGAAAUGGCGGGAGCCCCAGCCUUCAUGUCCACUGCCCCCCCCGGAAGCGGAAACAGAAUUCCAGCGUGCCCCUUCCUCACUGCUUUCCAAAUCCCGCUGCAGCCAUUGCCGCAACCACGAUGCCGAAACGAAAGAAGCAGACUCAGCAGCAGCAGCCUCCGCAUCAGCAGCCCCCACUGACAGAGCGGGAAGAGACUGGAGAUGAGGAGGAUGGGAGUCCCAUCGGACCACCCAGCCUUCUGGGUCCUCCCCCCAUGGCCAAUGGAAAGCCUGGUGACCCCAAGUCAGCCCCACACUGGAAUCCACCCACAUGUCCACCAUCAGUAGAAUGGAUAAAUAAGGUGUUGUGUGUGCAUCCAAUGGGAUACUACACUGCAGUGAAAAUGAAGGCACUCCUGCUACAGGCAUCCUGGAUGAAUCUCAUAAACACGAUGUUGAGCAAAAGGACCAGACACAAAAGAAUGCAGACUACAAAUCCGACCGCCCCGUCUGCCGACAUUUUGCCAAAAAAGGCCACUGUCGAUAUGAGGACCUCUGUGCCUUCUACCACCCUGGCGCCAAUGGACCUCCUCUGUGAGACUGUGCCUUCCCAUCCAGGCUGGAAGGAGCCCGCUGGCCUAGUGGCCGUGUACUUCCCUGUGGCCCUGUGGUGGCUACUGUGAGGCUGUUCCACCCAGCACCUCGGUCCAUGACGCCCACCCUCAUCGCCACCUCCGCUACUUGGGGUCCAGAGUCGUGUUCAUCACUGGUGCGCGGUUGCACUCUUUCUUCUGGUCCAGCCUCCAGAGACUCAUCUCCAGGACCCCAUCUUUGCUCCAUAGAGCUGCCUCCUGGAUCCUCUUCCCCCUCCGACUGACUGCGGAACAGGAAACCUCUCUGGUGCUGUUUCUCGUGCAUCUGUCCACCCAGUUCCUGGUAUCGCCCUGGUUCCUGAGAGCCUUGGAGCAGUUUCCUACCAUUCCCUUCUUCUAGCUGCUUGUUUUCAGUCCUUUUUAUGUGACACCCCCUCCCCCCCGGUGUCGUCAGCUGCUCUGUGACAUUCAGUGGGUCCUCUGACCUGGGGUCAAGUUUGGCUGACUGGUACAGAGUUACUCCCUGAGAGGCCACCUGCCCUGCUCUUGGAUUUCAUAGUUUCUCCGUCAGUAGCAUGAUCCCCACCGCAACGGUCUGUGAUCACUGUGCUUUGUGAAACUGUGCAUCCCCUCGUAACCUUUCUCAGUGUCCGUGGCAUUUCUGUGACCUCCCAACACUAGAGUAAGUUCUUCUGCCAAAAUGAGUGGGACCGUUGAUGCCCUCCAGACCUUCCCCACCUCCUAACACGGGACAAUUGUGACACCUUCCACAAGACUGCCUUGCCGCUCCUCCCCAGGUCCUGGUGUCAGUUUCUCUGGGUUGGACACAGGCCUGAGAGAUGUCCUGUAGAGCCCCAGAGGGGCCCGCCCUGUCUCCUCUCCAGCCCGUUUUAGUUAGACGACAUCAUUGUGAGGCCACCAGCCCUUUCGUUUGAAUCCUGUGAAUCUCCAUCUGGCCUGCCUAUGGGUAGGACAUUGGACAGUACUGUCGCCGCCUCCGAGCCUUCUUCCCCUGCAUCCCUGGCACUGAUUGUUUUCUGUGAAAACAGCAGUGAACAGGUUCAGUUUUGAACUGGCCCUGAGGAAAUGGGUCAGGAGUUGUGUGGGCAAGAGGGAAGGAUGAGAGCCGUUGGAAAAUUGAGAUUGAAUUUUUUUUUCUUUUUAGCAUUUUUUUAUAUUAGUAAUAAACACACUGGAAACAA